AUGGAGAAAUUUGUUCAACCUGCCAUUCCCAAAUUUGAUGGUCACUAUGAAUUUUGGUCUAUGACCAUGGAAAAUUUCUUACGCAGCAAGGAGAUGUGGCAGAUUAUUCAAGAAGGGAUACUGCUAUUCGGUACCCACCCCACUGAAGCUCAAGCAAAGGCUGAAGUUGACGCAACGUUGAAAGACUUGAAGGUAAAAAAUUACUUGUUUCAGGCCAUUGACAGGGAGAUAUUAGACACCAUCCUGGACAAGAGUACGUCCAAGAAGAUUUGGCAAUCCAUGCAACAAAAAUUCCAAGGCUCAACCAGGGUCAAGCGAGCACAGCUCCAAGCCUUGAGACGUGAGUUUGAACUACUAACUAUGAAAGAUGCUGAAACCAUUGAUCAGUAUCUGGGACGUACUCUCAGUACUGUAAACAAGAUGAAGUCGAAUGGAGAGGUGAUGGACUCAAUGCUGAAAAUUUCUCAUGAUAGUAGAUCAGAAACAGGAUACAACCGAGGAAGUGGUGGUGGAUUCAGCCGAGGAGGUGGCGGAUACCGAGGAGGUGGUGGACGUGGUCGUGGAAGCGGUCGCGGAAGACAAUCAUUGAAUAAAGCACUUGUGGAGUGUUUUCAGUGUCACAAACUGGGACAUUUCCAAUAUGAGUGCCCACGGCUUGAAAAACAAGCAUAUUAUGCAAUGUAUGAGGAAUCAUCAGGGGUAGAAGAUGAAAUAUUAUUGGUAGCAUAUGAAGAAACAAAUCAUGUGCAGCAAGAAGACUGGUUUCUUGAUUCUGGUUGA